AUGAAUCCUAUUUUUUGGAAAAGCGUGAAACUUACAAGCAAAAAAUCGAUUGCAGAAAAAUGCAUGAGCUCUUUGGCAGAGUGUAUAAGACCAGAAUUAAACGCAAUCAAAACAGCCGGUACAUGGAAAAACGAGCGAGUAAUUGCCUCACCUCAACGUACACGAAUUGUGCUAGCAAAUGGAAUAGAAGCACUCAACUUCUGCGCCAAUAAUUAUUUAGGCUUUUCUGACAAUAAGGAAAUCAUUUCGGCCGCAAAGAUUGCUUUAGAUAAAUAUGGAGCAGGCUUAAGUUCUGUAAGAUUCAUAUGUGGUACUCAAGAAAUUCAUGUAGAAUUAGAAAAAAAAAUCGCUCAGUUUCAUGACAGAGAAGAUGCUAUUCUUUAUGCUUCUUGCUUUGAUGCAAACGCAGGACUAUUUGAAACCUUAUUAACACCUGAGGAUACAGUACUGAGCGAUGAACUGAAUCAUGCCUCUAUCAUUGAUGGCAUCAGACUAUGCAAAGCAAAAAAACACAGGUAUCGGCACAGAGAUAUGACAGAUUUAGAAAACAAGCUGCGAGAAAGUCCGUCGUCACGCUUACGUCUUAUCGCCACUGACGGUGUUUUCUCUAUGGAUGGCACCGUUGCACCGUUACCAAAAAUAUUUGAGCUUGCAAAGAAAUACAAUGCUCUCACUUUUGUGGAUGACUGUCAUGCCACUGGAUUUUUUGGAAAAGCUGGAAGAGGCACUGAAGAUUAUUUCAAUCAGAUAGGAAGCAUUGAUAUCAUUAACUCGACAUUGGGUAAAGCUUUAGGCGGAGCAGCAGGUGGUUACACAACUGGUACAAAAGAACUCGUUAAUUUAUUAAGGCAACGCAGCAGGCCGUAUUUAUUUUCGAAUUCGUUGCCCCCUCCUGUAGUCGCGUCAGCAAGUAAGGUCAUGGAUUUAAUAACAGAGUCAACAGAAUUUCUGGAGAAACUAAAGAGCAACACCAAUCUAUUUAGAAAUGAUAUGACGGCAGCAGGGUUUGCGAUCAGCGGUGACAAUCAUCCUAUCUGUCCUGUCAUGAUAGGUGAUGCAAAACUAGCCACUGAAUUUGCUGAUAAGAUGAUCGAGAAAGGAAUUUACGUAAUCGGGUUCAGUUAUCCUGUAGUACCAAAGGAUAAAGCAAGAAUACGUGUUCAGAUCAGUGCUGCACAUUCACAGAAUGACAUAGAGCACGCCACAAAUGCAUUUGUUGAAAUCGGAAAAGAGCUUGGAGUGAUUGGUUCAUAG